AUGUCUCCGUACGCCGUCCUCGCCGCCGUGCUUCUCGCCUUCUGCUACGCCGUCUGGAAGGCUCGAGGCGGCGGCGGCAGCAGCAGGCUCCCGCCCUCGCCGCCGUCGCGUCCGCUGCUCGGCCACCUCCACCUCCUGGGCCGGCUGCCGCACCGCUCCUUGCGCGAGCUGCACGCUCGGUACGGCACCGAUGGCGGCCUCCUGCUCUUGCAGCUCGGGCGCAGGCGCACGCUGGUGGUGUCCACGGCGGCCGCCGCGGCGGACCUGUACAAGAACCACGACCUCGCCUUCGCCUCCCGCGUGCCCAGCGCGCCGGUGGACAAGCUCACGUACGGCUCCAUCAACGUCUCCUUCUCGCCCUACGGCGACGCCUGGCGCCGCAGCAAGAAGAUGGCCGUCGUCCACCUCCUCUCCCCGCGCCGCGUCGACUCGUUCGCCCCCGUGCGCGCCGUUGAGGUGGCCGCGCUCGUCGCCGGGGCACGCCGCGCCGCGGAGGCGGGGGAGAUCGUGGAGCUGAGGGAGCUCCUCUGCGCCUACAGCAACGCGGUGGUUACCCGCGCGACGACCGGAGCCGCAGGGGCCACGGCGGAGAAGCUAAAAAAGCUUUUGGGUAACUCCGCAGCGUUCUUGUCGGGGCUCCAGGCGGAAGACGUGCUCCCCGGCGCGGCGGCGAAGGUUGUUAGGUGGGCGACGGGGCUCGAGAAGAGGCUGGACGCAGAGCUCCAACUGUGGGACAAGUUCCUAUCGGAGACAAUCGCCGAGCACCUUGAGAAGAAGAAGUGUGACGGGAGGGCAGGGGAGGAUGACUUCCUGGACGUCCUGCUUCGGCUGAGGGAAGAAGGCACCGCCGGACUCGAGCUCACCGACGAUCGCAUCAAAAGCAUCAUCAAGGACAUAAUAGCCGCCGGAACAGACACAUCGUCCGUCACGCUGGAAUGGGCCAUGGCGGAGCUGGUCGGGAACCCACCGGCAAUGGCCAAGCUGCAGGACGAGAUAAGCCGAGCCACCGAAGGCAAACCGAGCAUCGAGGAAGACGACCUGAGAAGGAUGGAGUACCUGAGGGCGGUGCUGAAGGAGGUGCUCCGGCUACACCCGGUGGCACCGCUCCUCGUCCCGCACCAAUCGACCACGAUGGCGGUCGUGCAGGGCUACGAGAUCCCGGCCGAGACGGCGCUCUUCGUCAACGCCUGGGCGAUCGGAAGGGACCCGGCGGCGUGGGGACCGACGGCGGAGGAGUUCCAGCCGGAGCGGUUCCUGGGCGGCGGCGGCGCUGAGGGCGUGGACCUACGGGGGAACGACUACCAGCUCCUCCCGUUCGGCGCGGGUCGGCGGCUCUGCCCCGGCAUCGGUUUCGCGAUGCCGGUGCUGGAGAUGGCGCUCUCCAGCCUCGUGCGCCACUUCGACUGGGAACUCCCCGCCGGGGCGCGCCUGGACAUGAGUGAGGCGCCGGGGCUGACCACGCCGCCGCUGGCUCCGCUGCGACUCGCCCCCAAGUGCAGGGGGCAGCAGUAG